CCCCAAAAUUGGAGAAGAUUAAGGAGCUGGGAAGUGGGAAUUAUAGUGGUCCUUUGGCUAAGAGAGAUGUGCUUGGUCAUUAUGAUGAUGAAUCUGAAGUUUUGGGUCAUGGGUUGUCACAUAAUUUGGGUCAUGACCCAGGUGGUCAUUUUUAUGGCACAUCAAAAAUUAUAGGACAUGGUGGCUAUGGUCAUGGGUUGUCACAUGCAGGGCAUGAUCAUCAUCAGCAUGGUUAUGAUGAUCAUGCAUGGCAAUCAACGGUUACUAAUCGUCGUAACGAUGGGGAUGACCGGUACGGUGACAGUGAUCAAGGUUCUGUUUUUGAUGAGGAUGGUGAGGAUGAGGAGGAUGCAGUGCCACCAAAGCAAGUAGGGUUGCUUAGCUUGUUCAAGUAUUCAACAAAAUGGGAUUUGGUUCUUGUUUUUUUGGGUUGUGUGGGUGCUCUCAUCAAUGGAGGGUCUCUUCCUUGGUACUCUUUUCUUUUUGGACAGUUUGUGAACAAGAUUGCUAAAGAAUCAACAUUCGCUGACAAGACUCCGAUGAUGAAGGAUGUAGAGAUGAUAUGCCUGUACAUGGCUGGACUAGCUGCAAUAGUGGUAGUUGGAGCAUACAUGGAGAUCACUUGCUGGAGAAUGGUGGGAGAGAGAUCUGCUCAAAGAAUGAGAAGAGAAUAUCUAAGAGCAGUUCUACGGCAAGACGUUAGCUUUUUCGAUACAGAAGUCGCUGCCGGUGAUAUUAUGCACGGAAUUUCCAGUGAUGUUGCUCAAAUUCAAGAAGUUAUGGGAGAGAAGAUGGCACAUUUCAUUCACCACAUAUGCACUUUCAUAUGUGGAUACGCAGUUGGAUUUAUAAGGUCAAGGAAAUUAUCUCUAGUAAUCUUCUCAGUCAUACCACUGAUGAUGUUCUGUGGUAUUGCAUACAAGGCUGUUUAUGUUGGCCUAACUACAAAAGAAGAGGUUUCUUAUAGGAAGGCCGGUACUGUAGCUGAGCAAGCUAUCAGUUCAAUCAGAACCGUAUUUUCCUUUGUUGCGGAGGAUAAUUUGGCUGAAAGAUACGCUAAUUUAUUGGCCGAUUUGGUGCCUUUUGGAGCAAGGAUUGGCUUUGCUAAGGGUGCAGGAGUGGGAGUUAUCUAUCUGGUUACUUAUUCAACGUGGGCAUUGGCUUUCUGGUAUGGUGGUGUUUUGGUUGCAAGGGGAGAGAUAAGUGGAGGCGAUGCUAUUGCUUGUUUCUUUGGUGUCAAUGUUGGGGGGAGGGGCUUGGCAUUGUCACUGUCAUACUUUGCUCAGUUUUCACAAGGCACGGUAGCAGCAGGCCGGGUUUUUGAAAUUAUAGAUAGAGUUCCAGAGAUAGAUCCCUACAGCUCAGUAGGCAGGACCCUGCCAAAGGCUCGAGGAAGGAUUGAAUUUAAAGGCGUUUCUUUCUCAUACCCGUCUCGUCUUAAUGCUCCAAUUCUUCAUUCUCUUAAUCUGGUUAUUCCAUCUUCAAAGACACUAGCACUUGUUGGUUCUAGCGGAGGUGGAAAGUCCACCAUUUUUGCUCUUAUAGAGAGGUUCUAUGACCCUAACCAAGGUAUAGUUACAUUAGAUGGUCAUGAUUUAAGGACGCUGCAGGUCAAGUGGCUAAGAGAUCAGAUAGGUAUGGUUGGCCAGGAGCCAGUGCUCUUUGCCACAAGCAUAUUAGAAAAUGUAUUGAUGGGAAAGGAGAAUGCCACCAAGAAGGAAGCAAUUUCUGCCUGCAUUGCUGCCAAUGCUCACAGCUUCAUCUCUGGCCUUCCACAAGGCUACGAAACUCAGGUUGGAGACAGAGGAGCACUUCUUUCAGGAGGUCAGAAACAAAGAAUCGCAUUGGCUCGAGCUAUGAUCAAAGACCCUAGAAUCCUUCUCUUGGAUGAACCUACCAGUGCUUUAGACCCUGAAUCUGAGUCUGUAGUCCAACAGGCUAUUGACAAGAUCUCCUCAGGCCGAACUGCGAUUGUAAUUGCUCACAGGCUAUCAACAGUAAGAAAUUCUCAUACCAUUGUUGUUCUUGACUCUGGCUCUGUCGUUGAGAUUGGCAAUCACCGCCAGCUCAUGGAAAAAGCUGGGGCCUACUACAGCCUUGUUGAGCUUGCUGCUGAUGGAGUAACAAAACCUUUUUCAAAGCAAAAUCAUACUGAAAAAGGCACUCAGCUUUUGGUGCCUGAUAAAUCAAUUCAUGAUGCGCCAAGAUCAAACCCUACCCAAGGGAAAACCCAAAUAGAGGAGAAAGAGGUCCAAAAACCAAAACCAAGAAAAGUUCGACUUUCAGAUAUAUGGUUGUUACUGAGACCAGAGCUUCCAAUGCUUUUAUUUGGAUUAAUCUUGGGUAUGCAUGCAGGUGCAAUUUUGUCUAUUUUCCCUUUUCUUCUCGGCGUAGCCCUUGAAAUAUAUUUUGGUAAAGACCCAUCCAAGAUUAAACGAAAAAUUGAACCCCUUUGUUUAGUACUUGUUGGACUUGGCUUUGGGAACAUAGUCUUUAUGACAGGACAGCAAGGCUUGUGUGGCUGGGCUGGAACAAAACUCACAAUGAGAGUGAGAAAUCUCCUAUUUCGUUCCAUACUAAAACAAGAACCUGGUUGGUUUGAUUCUGAAGAAAACUCCAAAGCAGUACUGGUCUCACGGCUCUCAAUUGAUUCUGUCAGUUUUCGAUCAGUCCACAUUGAUCGAUUAUCAGUCUUGUUAAUGGGUUUGAGUUCAGGUAUGGUGGGACUUGGUCUAUGUGUUUACCUUAACUGGAGGCUAGCUAUUUUGGCUGCUGCUCUCACUCCUUUGACUCUUGGUGCAAGUUACUUAACCUUGAUUAUAAAUUUAGGACCAAAACUUGACAAUGAAGCUUAUGCCAAAGCUAGCAAUAUCGCCUCUGGUGCAGUUUCAAACAUAAGGACAGUCACAACAUUUUCUGCUCAAGAGCAGUUGGUUAAGUCCUUUGAAAAAGCUUUAUCAGGUCCAAAGAGCAAAUCAGUGAGAAGGUCACAAAUCAUGGGCCUAGCACUGGGGUUCUCUCAAGGUGUUAUGUAUGGAGCAUACACCGUAACUCUGUUGUUUGGUGCUUACCUUAUCAAAGAAGGCAAAGCAAACUUCGGUGAGGUAUACAAAAUUUUUCUCAUUCUUGUUUUGAGUUCAUUUUCUGUUGGACAAUUAGCCGGUCUUGCACCAGACACAUCCAUGGCUGCAACAGCAAUUCCAGCAGUUUUUGAUAUCAUUUCACGUAGGCCAUUAAUUGGCAGUAGCAACAGAGACAAAGAUAAGAAACUUGACCGGUCGAAACCAUUGGAUAUUCAGUUCAAAAUGGUCACAUUUGCAUACCCAUCUAGGCCAGAUGUGACUGUGUUGAGUGACUUUUGCUUGAAGAUCAAAGGUGGUAGCACUGUGGCAUUGGUGGGUGGAAGUGGGUCAGGAAAAUCAACAGUUGUAUGGUUAAUACAAAGGUUUUAUGAUCCAAUUCAAGGGAAGGUGAUGAUGGGAGGAGUGGAUUUGAGAGAUAUUAACGUGAAGUGGUUGAGAAAGCAGAUAGCUCUAGUGGGUCAAGAGCCUACAUUGUUUUCUGGCACUAUAAGAGAGAACAUUGCUUUUGGUAACCCAAAUGCUUCAUGGGCUGAAAUUGAAGAUGCUGCAAGGGAAGCUUAUAUUCACAAUUUCAUCAGUAGCCUCCCUCAAGGCUAUGAAACUCAGGUUGGUGAGAGUGGAGCCCAGCUAUCAGGGGGCCAGAAACAAAGGAUUGCGAUAGCAAGGGCUAUACUGAAGAGAUCAAAGGUAUUGCUGCUAGAUGAAGCAAGUAGUGCAUUGGAUUUGGAAUCAGAGAAACACAUACAAGAUGCACUUAGGAAGAUUUCCAAAAGGGCUACAACCAUCAUAGUGGCUCACCGGCUUUCGACGAUCAGAGGGGCUGAUAUGAUAGCAGUUAUGAGCAAUGGUGCCAUCACAGAAUAUGGGAGCCAUGAUGCACUUAUGGCUUCUCAUCUUAAUGGUGUGUAUGCUAGCUUGGUGCGUGCAGAAACUGAAGCCAAUGCAUUUUAAUCAUAUAAAUAUGUACCUAGUAAAGUUGCUAGAUCUUAGAUUCAAAUUGUAUGUAAAGAAAAUUGUUGGCUUGCCCUUUGAUUUUCCGAUGGGGGAAAUCAAUUAGCAGUUGCUUGUAGUUAUAGAGAAGAGUCCAUUUUAAUAUCGUUUGGUCCCCUUCCAUUAUUUUGUGAUAUUAGAGAUUGGAAUUGAUGUACCAACAUACAUCGAAAUGGUGAGUUUUGACUUUGCAAA